AUGGUUACAAAUGUUGUUGGUGAAUUUGGGCAGAAUAAAACUGUGUUACUCGGUUAUAUACCUGAUCUUAUUAAACUGUUACAAAAUAAAAUCGGAUUUAUUCCAAAUAUUACAUUAGUACCAUCAAAUCAAACAUAUUCUGGAUUAAUCCAAUCAGUAGUAAAUGGUGAUUAUGAUAUUGUAAUUGGUGAUGUCACGGAGAAUUCUAUACGAAGAGAAUUAGUCACUUUUUCUUACCCAAUAUUUGAUAAUUCGUUACGUAUUGUUAUGCGAAAAACACCUGACAUUAUUAUUGAUCUUCAAUCAUUCCUAAAGUCAUUUUCACGUAAUCUUUGGUUAUUAGUAUUGUUUGCUGUUAUCUAUGCUGGUUUAUUAAUUUGUCUUAUAGAAAGAAAUAAUAAUGAAACGUUACGAAAUCGAUCGAAAUUAUCUCAAUUGACAAUGAGUAUAUGGUAUUCAUUUGGUAACUUAGUUGGAUAUGGUGUGGAUUUUCAUGUCAACACAGCUGCUGGACGUUUAGUAACUGCUAGUUUAUAUAUGUUAAUUUUGAUAUUAGUAGCCACAUUCACUGCAAAUUUAGCAUCAAAUUUAACAAUAUUAAAAUCAAAAAAUAUUAUUUCUGGCAUUGAUGAUAUCAAAAGUGGGAAGAUUCCAUUUAAUCGUAUUGGUAUUCGUGUUGGUACAGCCAGUGAAGAUUAUUAUUUAAGAGAAAUAUCUGCCAAUACUCGAAAUUAUUAUGAAUUUGAAUCUGAACAAAAAUUAUAUAAUAAUUUACUUGAUGGCGUUGUUGAUACGAUUUUUAUUGAUGCUGGUAUUGCUGAAUAUUAUACUAAUAAUAUUUAUCGUAAUUUAACUAUAGUUGGAGAAGAAUUUGAUAAAGGUGUUUAUGGAAUUGUUAGUAGAAAGCAUUGGUUAUAUGAUGAAGAUUUAGAUGUUAAUAUUUUAUCACUAAGAGAAUCCGGUAAACUUGAUGAUUUAAGAGAAACAUGGUUUCAAAAAAAGGGCUGUCCUAAUAUAUAUGAGAGAUCGACAGCGAUGUAUAUUGAUUCAAUGAGUGGAUUAUUUUUAAUAUUUGCAAUCAUUACUGUUCUCUCAUUAUUAUUAUCUAUAUGGACGAAACGAUAUAUAGUGAAGAAUUUUCUAUCUCAGUUAUUUGGUCAAAGAAAGUUAUUAUUCCAAAAUAAAAUUUCUAUGGUAAAGCGGUUGAGCAAAACAUCAAAUUAUACACAAAACUCUAAAUUACCUUCGUCUACUAUUGUUCAGUUCUGA